UAUUAUAUUUUUUGGUGUCAAUUAUAAUAACUUUAUGAGUACAUUAAUUAAUGAUCUAAGAAAAACAUCCCCAAACAUGGAUCUAUAAUCUAUUCUAUCACUUACUCAUAGAAGAAAAAGAAAAAUACAAAAACUAUCACUUGAAAGAGGGGCAGGCAAUUAAUGGCAGCAUUUAAUGAGACAAUGGUUUUGUAUAUGAGUUAGCGCACCUCAUUAUUUCACCCUCUAGUCUGUAGUCUCUACCUUCUCUUUCUCUCUCUUUCCUGCCUUUUUCCUGUGAUUUUGAGUAUAAAAAAUUUAUGUAAAAUUGGAAAUUUGAGGUCCCCAAUUUUCUUCCAGCAUGAAACAGCUAAGCUAAAUUUUGCUGAAAUUUCAGUUACCCCACUUUCAUUGUGUUGUGUACUCUCCAUCUGCUAAAACCCUUCUCUUCCUGUAAAACUCAUUCAUGGCUUCUCUUUCUCUCUCUUAGUUCAAUUGUUUCACACUUUAAUUUAGGGGAAGAACUUCAAUUCAAUCCCUAUUUGACAGUAACUUUCUUUGAAAAAAACUCUUUUUAAUGCUUUGGGUACCUCUCAAUUCCUGUUAUUUUGCUCCUUUUGGCAUCUUUCUUGUGUUUUUAGCAGUUGUUGGGCAGGAAUGAGAGGAGGGUUCUCCACUAAUCUCAUCAAGUUUCAAUUUUUAAGCUCAGUUCUACUAUUAUAUUAUGUCAGUGAAUUAUACAGCGCCCCUUUGAGUUAUUUCGGAGAUCCUGUUCCGGAUGGAGGUGACUUCAUUCCAAUGUCACCAAAAGGGGCUCCUCAGCCUCUUAUACCAUUUUUAGCACCGUCCCCUUUGACUCCAUUUACAAAUAGUACCAUUCCUAAAUUAUCAGGAGUAUGUCCUUUUAACUUCACAGCUGCUGAUAGUAUAUUGGGAAUUACAGCAACCGAUUGCUUUACUGCAUUUGCUCCAUACCUGGCUAAUGUCGUAUGUUGCCCCCAACUGCAUGCCACCUUGGUUAUUCUUAUAGGUCAGUCCAGCAAAGAUACUAUGUUGCUUGCCCUGAAUGAAACACUUUCAAAGCAAUGCCUGUCUGACGUUAAUCAAGUAUUGGCGAGUCAGGGUGCAAAUGACAAUCUUCAAGAGAUAUGCAAAGUUCGAGCAUCCAAUCUAACUGAAGGUUCUUGUCCUGUCAAAGAUGUUAGUGAAUUUGAGACAACUGUGGACACUUCUAAGCUUCUGACCUAUUGUCAGAAGAUUGAUCUAGUCAGUGAAUGCUGCUCUCAAACUUGUCAGAACGCUGUAUCAGAAGCUGCUAGAAAUAUCAGCUCAAAGCUAGGUGAUCUCACUGAUGUUCCUCAGCUUUCAGAUAUUGUUGAAGAUUGUCAAAGUAUUGUUUUACGGUGGCUGGCUAGUAAACUUAAUCCUUCCCGUGCAAAGGAAGUUAUGAGAGGGUUGUCAAAUUGCAAUAUCAACAAAGUGUGCCCUUUAGCUUUCCCUGACACGAGACAUGUAUCAAAGAAGUGUGCAAAUCUAAUAAACAACCACACAGUAUGUUGUAGUGCCAUAGAGAACUACAUGAGUCACUUGCAGAAUCAGAGCUUCAUCACCAACUUGCAAGCACUCAAUUGUGCUGCUUCACUUGGAAUGAAGCUGCAAAGAGAGAAUGUUACCACAAAUGUUUACAAUCUUUGCCACGUGAGCCUCAAACAAUUCUCAGUCCAAGCUGGAACACAAGAAUCUGGAUGUCUUCUACAGAGCUUGCCUUCGGAUGUUACAUUUGACAAGACAUCAGGGAUAACUUUCCUCUGUGAUCUGAAUGACAACAUCCCGGCUCCAUGGCCCUCUGCACUUCAGUUGCCAGCUUCUUCUUGCAACAAAACUGUAAACAUUCCUGCACUUCCUGCAGCAGCUUCUGGGGAAAUUGGACGGCAUAUCAAGCAUCAUAGGAAUUACUUGCUAAUGGUGCUCUCAUUCGUACUAGUUCUUUAUUGAGCUUGUCUUGGCUCCAAAGGAAAGCAUAGUUGUUUGUACAUCGAAGAAAAGUGCAGAUAAAAUUUGAAGAAAAUACAGUUCAUCCGGGAGCAAGUUAUACGUGAUGUUCGUUCGAAUAUCCUCUCGAGUAUACCCAGUAACAGUACUGGGUUGAUUAAAUGUUCAUUUCUAGUUGUUUGUGAUAGCGAUAUUCUUCAAAAGAUUUUGUAUAGGAAGUCUCAGAAAUACAUGAAAUUAUUUGUGUUGUAAACAAUCGUAAUACUUCUAUUGAAUAGUGUAACUCACCUGUAUAUUUGGUAUGUCUGAAAAGGGUAUGUUCAGUUCUUUCA